AUGAGGGUCUUUUCCACCAUUGUGGCCGCUUGCACUUUGGCCGUAACGGUGACGGCAGUAAAGGUGGUUCCCAUUGGCAUCAGCAGACCAAUUCACAAGCUCCCGCCGAUCCACAAGCGCGCCCAAACUUGGACGCAAGAACUCCAGAACAAUCUAACUGGGGGAGGGUACCACGCCGAGGUCGAGGUUGGAACACCGGGCCAAAAAGUUAGCCUGGUCAUCGAUACGGGAAGCAGUGAUGUUUGGGUCAUCGACAGCAACGCUGACCUAUGUAUCGAUCCGGACAUGCAAGAGGUAUAUGGCGGCGGCUGCAUCGCUACUUAUGACCCUUCCGACAGCUCCACCUACGAGAUUAUCGACGACGGUGAGGACGUUUUCUCGAUUCAGUACGUCGACGGCUCGGGUGCCCAGGGCGACUAUUUCCAGGACACCAUUGCCAUUGGCGGCACCAAGAUCAAGUCCUUGCAGAUGGGCCUAGCCACGAACACGACGAUUAAUUCGGGUCUCCUAGGCAUUGGCUUUGCUGCAAACGUUGCUGCCAAGACACCGUAUAGCACCAUCAUCGAUUUGUUGGUGGAGCAGGGCUUGAUUGGCCUGAAGGCGUACAGUUUAUAUCUGAAUGACCUUCAAUCUUCCACUGGUACAGUCCUGUUUGGUGGCAUCGAUACGGAGAAGUAUAUCGGCGACUUGCAAAGUGUGGAUAUUGGCGAAGACUCGCGGAGUGGCACUUACUCGUCCUUCACCGUCGCCCUGAGUUCCCUGGUCGGCUCGCAAGAUGGCAGAUCAACUGAAUUCUUCAGAUCCCACCCGGAAGCCCUCCCAGUGGUCCUCGAUUCUGGUACUACUUUAAGCUACUUCCCUUCCAUGGUGACCGACAAAAUCUACGACGCCUUCAACGCCGUCGAUGACACCUCCGACAGCGGGCUGGUGUACAUAAACUGCAGCUACCUAAACGCCAACAUCACCUUCGACUUCCAAUUCGGCAGUUCCGACGGCCCCGUCAUCCGGGUGCCUGUCGAUGAGAUGGUGCUGGAUAACAUACCGGCCUACAUCGAUCUGGGAUAUCUUAAUAAAUCUGAGUUGCCCUUCGAUAACGCCUGCUCGUUUGGCAUCCAACCUAACACGGGAAUUUACCUGCUUGGCGACACUUUCCUCCGCAGCGCCUACGUCGUUUAUGACCUCGACAACCUCAAGAUUGCACUGGCACAGGCUAAUGUCAAUGCCACGGAGAGCAAUGUCAUUGAGAUAGAAGCAGGAGGCAACAUCCCCAACGCAACUGGCGUCGUCAGUCAUAUCGAGGCCACUGCGACGGCUACCGGAUUGCCCGGCACCGGCAACGGCAGUGGAAACGGCAGCGCGCUGCCGACCGUAACUGUCACCAGCAGCGCUGGCGCUUCCAACACCAGCAACACGGGAACCAGAGCUGUCCCGGCGCCGGACUGGCAGGCCUUGGGCGUGGCAGUUGUGGCUGGCUUCAGUGCCAUGGUGGGAGGCUUGAUAAUCGUGUUGUGA